AUGGUGGUCAGUGCUACUCGCUUAGUGAGGCAAGCCAUCAAGCCUGCAUAUGUAAGACAGGAUUUGAAGGCAAAUACUGCGAAAACAUCGGUACAGAGCUCUGCGAAAAUCGAUGUUAAACUCGACAUGUUACGAGAAUCGUUACCUCACUUUUCAUUGACGCUGUUUUUGUUAUUUCUWCCUGGAAAAGUUGUUGGAAAUCUGGAAAAAGAUCAGUGUAUUCCAGGAACUUCGUUCAAAGUUCAUUACAGUGAACUAAUCGUAAACCAUACUAUUAUUGGUCCAGUCUUGAAGACUCUCAACGCUCGAGACCACAACGAGUGUAAAGACGCCUGUUUUAUGAAUGUCCCUGAUGAAUGCUACAUGUUCAACUAUUACUCUCAAGAUAAAAAGUGUGAACUACUCUACAAAGAUCGCUUGUUGGAUUACAAGGUGGUUAAAAGAAAUGGUUCCGCAUUCAAGACCAGGAAGUGCAAUACUGAUCCGUGUCAGAAUGGCGAGAAGUGCCACUCGCUCGGUGACCUUAGUCACGAGGCCUGUAUAAGCAACCAAGACCUCGAUGGAAACUACUUUGAAAAUGAAAACAAGGAAAACGAAACAGACAAGACAAUAGCAACAACGGGAGCAUCAACAACGACAGCACCAGUAACUACAGCACCAAGUAGUACAGCAGCUGCGACAACGGCAAAACCUGCGGCAACAGAAAUAAGAACAGAAACAACAGCUGGAGCAACAACGGAAGCGGUUUCAACAACAGCAUCAACAACGGUAGCAACAACAACAGCAGCAGAAACCACGGUAACAGAAGCAGCAACAACCGCAGGAAAUGUAUGGAUCAAAGUCAGUACAAGCGCWGUAUGCUUUGGGACCAGGGACGAUUCUUAUGGAAGUUUUACAGUCAMUAAGAGUGGACGAAUCAAGACAUUCAAACUCAUUUACGUCUCAGGGACCGGKUUGAAAGCUGAGCCAUGGGGAGAUACUGGAAAAUGGGGAUCUGGAGUAGGAACAUAUUUACCAAUCACUAGAAUUGAAACACACAUUACUGAUGCAAGCAACAAAAGAAUUGCCCCACCCAUUGGGUAUCCAAUAAUAGAUGAUUCAUGGGGUCGAUUGGGAUACGAUGUUCCAGGAUACAACUACAACAGCGAUCAAUUGGUUUUCCCCGAGAUUUCUCCUGCAAAAGAUGUGAAAAUUGGAGAUCAAUUUAGGAUUUGGUAUGGAGCAGAUUUGCAGGAUAAGUGGGAAAUUGACAAUUCGGGACAGACAUGCGCAGACGUGUAUGCGUUGUACUCCAAGAUAUCNUCGUUCAAAGUUCAUUACAGUGAACUAAUCGUAAACCAUACUAUUAUUGGUCCAGUCUUGAAGACUCUCAACGCUCGAGACCACAACGAGUGUAAAGACGCCUGUUUUAUGAAUGUCCCUGAUGAAUGCUACAUGUUCAACUAUUACUCUCAAGAUAAAAAGUGUGAACUACUCUACAAAGAUCGCUUGUUGGAUUACAAGGUGGUUAAAAGAAAUGGUUCCGCAUUCAAGACCAGGAAGUGCAAUACUGAUCCGUGUCAGAAUGGCGAGAAGUGCCACUCGCUCGGUGACCUUAGUCACGAGGCCUGUAUAAGCAACCAAGACCUCGAUGGAAACUACUUUGAAAUGCUUUAUGAGAUUGACAACUUGGCCACCAAUUUCGUUGGAAGCUUCACAUGCAUCGGAGAACCUCCGCUAUUGUUUUACAAAUGA